CGCGAGGCGAGCGCGGGAGCCUGGGCGGCGAGCGGGGUGUGAGCUGCCCGAAAAUGCACUCGGAUGCUGCCGCUGUCAAUACCAGUUUUGAAGAAUGUCUGUGGCGUGGAGAGACUCUCAAGGACAGAGUAGAGUGCUGGUGAUGUGCUGAGGGACCUGUGGACAGGACCCGUGUCCAUUUCUGACCUAUGUAGCAGGCCUAGGUGGGGACGGCUGAAGUAAGGCUUGGCAAGUUGGAUGACUUUCAGUUGAACUCUCAUCUCUCAACACUGGCAAAUAUUCAUAAGAUCUACCACACCCUUAAUAAGCUAAAUCUAACAGAAGACGUUGGCCAAGACGAUCACCAAACAGGAAGUCUGCGGUCUUGCAGUUCUUCGGACUGCUUUAGUAAAGUGAUGCCGCCGAGGAAAAAGAGAAGACCUGCCUCUGGAGAUGACUUAUCUGCCAAGAAAAGCAGACACGAUAGCAUGUAUAGAAAAUACGAUUCAACUAGAAUAAAGACCGAAGAAGAAGCCUUUUCAAGUAAGAGGUGCUUAGAAUGGUUCUAUGAAUAUGCAGGUACUGAUGAUGUUGUAGGUCCUGAAGGCAUGGAGAAAUUUUGUGAAGACAUUGGUGUCGAACCAGAAAAUGUAGUUAUGCUUGUCCUAGCUUGGAAAUUGGAUGCACAAAACAUGGGUUAUUUUACUCUACAGGAAUGGUUAAAAGGAAUGACUUCUCUACAAUGUGAUACAACAGAAAAACUCAGAAAUACUUUGGAUUACUUAAGAUCAUUAUUAAAUGAUUCUACAAACUUUAAGCUUAUUUACAGAUAUGCGUUUGACUUUGCACGGGAAAAGGACCAGCGCAGCCUAGACAUAAACACUGCCAAGUGCAUGUUGGGACUGUUAUUAGGAAAAAUCUGGCCCCUUUUUCCAGUUUUUCACCAAUUCUUAGAGCAAUCAAAAUACAAAGUUAUUAACAAAGACCAGUGGUGCAACGUGCUAGAGUUUAGCAGAACAAUUAACCUGGACCUCAGCAACUACGAUGAAGACGGAGCAUGGCCAGUUUUGUUGGACGAGUUUGUGGAGUGGUAUAAAGACAAACAGAUGUCCUAGGACUUCACGCAUAGCAGCGAGAGAGUCACUGUUACCACAGUUAUGUCAACCAUUAGCCAUAAAUUGCUGUUUGUACCCAAGCGCAUGCCGCUUUUCUUGCACUGUCUCCCUUUGGCAGGGCCGUGUUGGUGUUUGCUGUUGAAUGGACCAGCUCUGCUUGCUGUGUAGCAUUGUUCUCUUGGAAGGCUGCUUUGCAGUUUGUAUUUACACUACAGAUUGGUGAAUUUGCCAACGUCCUCACUGUGAUUAUGUGUAUAUUGCUGUUUAAAUUUUGUAUAUGUGUAUAAAAAGAAAAAGCUUCACCUAGAGAUUAUUUCUGCAAAAAUGUAUUGUAAAAUAACUUUUGUGGCAUAUUUCUAGUCCCUUUUUUUCAAAUGAACGGAUUAUACUUUUAUUUGGUCUCAAAUGUAGCAUUUCAGAAAACAAGACAGAACAACCGUUACCAUAUGCAAAUGAAGCCAGAAUAAUUAACCUUCCUGUUUAAGAGGCCAACUUUUAGGAGAGGGGAGUCAUAACUUCUCAGAGGCAUAUGCCAAAUACAAUGUGGUUUACUGAAAUAAUAGCAUUUUUAAAUGAUGAGAGUUAUAAUAAUAGAACUUAGAGACAGGUACCAUGCCACAAGUCUUUUCUACCACGCAAGGUGUAGGUUUUGAUUCUCUAAUGUUAAAGCUGAAAGCUGUUAUAGUUUGAGUAUAGGUACAGAUGAACAAAUUACAGUUGCACCUUUUUUUUCCCAUGGGUUUUAAACUCUUGUAAAUUUUCUUGAUAUAUAUAUUUUUUCUUUUGCAUUCCUCUAGUCAGUGUUUGGUCUGCUGAUGCUUCCCAUGCCAUUCUAAGUAAAACUUAUUCUGCCGCCUCCGUGAAAACCUAAUGAUUUUGCUGGCAACUUAGAUCUAUGGAGCACUUUUAGUUGUGGCUUGACUAUUUAGUUACGCUUUCAUGGUGUCUAAUUUUCUAAGUUUUGCAGGGAAAAGAUCUAUACUGUAAGUGAGAGGUGUUCUGUUUUGUUUUGUUUUCCUUUUUCAUUUCUUUCACGCUAGGCUUUUCCUGGCAGACUGUCCAUUGCAGGCAGUGGACACGACACCACCAGCACUGAGCUAGUAACUCUGUUACACGGUGGGACCUUUCCCGGAGGGGCCGCUCGUCAUUGCCUGAGUAAUGUGGACAGAGGGGUGAUAGCCAUUAUGUGUGUCGAUGAGGAAGCAAGAGUAAACAGGACGGUAUUUUUAGGUUUGUAUUUCACGUCUUUUCCUUCUUUACCUUGUCUUACACUUCUCGAGGAAAUGUAUAGAUAACUAUAGAUAAUGUGUUUCUCCCUCAACUAUCUGGUGCUACUGAAUGACUAAUUUAGUCCCUAAAGUUUUGUGAAAACACAAAAGUCUAAUGACUUAAACCAAGUGAAUAAAAAAACUAAUGGUGCAUUUGAACAAGUGAAUGCUGUAGUUGUGAGCAGACUCCAUGAUGGAACAUGCAGCGGUCAGAGGAGGUUUGGAUUAUUCCAGAAUCUGGCCCCCAAAUCUUUUGGGUCAAAUGUGAACAUUUAAUGGCAUCACGUGAGUAAAGCACACAGACGAUGCUACUCUUGACCACGAUUUCACAGUUCCUUUGUAAGCAGUGUUCAGAUUUUCAUAUUAUUUUUUUCCCAACUGAACCACCAAAGACAGAAAUUUUGUAUGUAUAUAUAGUGUGUGUGCAUAUACAAAAUCAUGAUACGGUAGAAUGAAAUUACUUCCUUUUUCUACCAAAUAGAAAGAUUUGGUUUGCUGUGAAAUAAACAGAAGUUUGGAAAACUCUGUAGUGAUUAAGCAUACUUAAUCAUUCCUUGUUUAGAAGUUGUAGACUCCCUUCUACCUUAUGCAUUCACACCAGUUUGCACAAAUUAAUCUCUGAAAAGAAUAGAAGGUGUGGACGGCAAGCACAGUUCUUGAGACGGAGGUGCUGGAAGGGCUUCCAUUCCGACAGGUGCCUGGGGUUCCAGUGGCGACUGGCCAUAGGCCGGUUCGAAUCUGUGGAGAACUUGGUUCCUUUUUCAGAAGUAUCCUGUAAAGUUAAAAAAAAAAAAAAAUCACACCUUAAAAGCAGCAGUUCUGAAAUUUGAUCAACUUUUAUUUUGUUUAAAUCAAGUAUAAAUCAUAGAAAUUAUUUUAAAAGGUAUUGUUAGAGACUGGAGAAUUUUUAAAACACUAAGCACAGUUAAUCCUAAAAUAAAAAGACUGUUACGGGGACGAUGUUACAUUUCAACCACAGCGAACAUUUUGAUGAUAGGGGUUUUGGAGAAGCCAAGUAAAAACUAUUUCAUGAUGUAUAAUAUGAAGGUCAGUAUUCCAAAAGGACAGCCUUGCAUAUUUAGGAAAGUCCAGAUAAUCUCUGAACUCCCUUGAAAAAUAAAUCUCUGUGGCCACAGAGUGCUUGCCCUUGGUUUUCUUGAUUUUAUGCAGUUAUUUUUAAGGGGAGGAAGAGGGGCCAGAGUAAUAAGAUACUUUUUCUUAAAGACGUCCCUAAGUUACGUAACACUGAGCAGUCACCGAGCACGUCCUCGUGAGCUAAUUAAUAACGCUGAGUGAAUGAGGGUGCCUUCUGGGUUUCUGUUGUCACCUACGCCUCCGCCCUUUCUCUUCCAUCGUGCUUUGAACUCCACGCUGCAGUUACUCCCUCGUAACGGAAUACAACUUUUUAGAUGUUUGCUGCUGCGGUAGGUCAGAAAUUUCAUUAUUUGAUUUGCCAUAAACGCCCUCUGUAAUGUUACGUGCAGCUUAUUUGAAGCAUGACCUCCGAAUUAAGUUUUUAUAAAUCUGACUAGACCAACCUCUAGAUUCUGGUUUAACAACAGAUGUCUGUAGCCUCUCAGCCUCCAUCUUAACAGUGCUUUUGAAGUUUAUACAGAAAGCUUUAAAAGUUAGUUUGUGCCCUUGGUUUUUAUUCUUACAACUGCUAAAAUACCUCUGUAAGCCUUAUCUUUUAUUCUUUCAUACGUUGUAUAAUAAAUGUAUAGAAUUCAUUGACCAACUAAAAUGUUGGGUGUCUGUAAAUGAGACCAAAAUGUGGGUUGCUUUUUUCAUAAAACCAUUUCUCUCGGGGUUACUGUUAAGUGAACAGCAGCUAACCUGUGACUGUGAAUGCUUCGUGUCGUCAGUAUUUGCAUUACCUUCACGAAUGUGUGCAAGUCCUGUGACUCCCAGCUUAACUGAAAUACUGUUAUGCCACCUAACUUGAGUACAGCAAACUGGUUUUAGGUUUUAAUGGAAUUGAUGUAAAAUGAUAUCCCAUAAAUAAAAAGUAUUUGUGUUUGGUUUCAGAA